UAGGAACAAACCUGGAGCGUUACCAGGGAAACGGCGUUCAAGACUACGUGACGUCGGGUAGCACUAGCAGCAGGAGAGCAGCUAACUGAACAGCGAACCGAGGAACAUCUUUUGAAAUAUUUUAAAUAAUUUUCAAUUAUCACACUGAUAGUUCCGGCAGCUGUGUGGCUCUCUGGCUGCGUUCGAGUGCUGGCUUAGUUCGGCUGCAGUUAGUUAGCAGCUUAGCUCGGGGAACCAGCGGGUUUGGACCCGUUUACAUUGUCGGACUGUGAGGUUGUGCUUUCGGGAUGGAGCCGAGCUAGAAGCCCAGCUGGAUCGGUCUGGCCUGGGCCUGUGGUUCUCCCGAACAGCCUCAGUUUGUUUCCUUUCGAGGACCGACCCAGGCUUGGCAGACGCUCCACGCUGCAGUUUAGACGCUGGAUGUGGGGUGAGAUGAGGAGCAGUGGAUCGAACCACAUCCCCGGACCCGAUCACUCGUGCUAGCCAGAAUGGAUGCGUGCAGCAGGAACCCCAACCGCACGGCGCCUGUCAGUGAGGAUGCCCGUCGACGGUCUGAUGUGCCGCUUUGCUCCCGGACGAAUGGCUGGAGCUGGCCACUCCAUCCCUUCCAGCUGCUGGCGUGGCUGCUCUACGUCUACUUCGCUGUCACCGGCUUUGGCGUGUUCGUCCCGCUGCUGCCGGCGCACUGGAUCCCCGCAGGCUACAUCUGCACGGGCAUCAUGUUCGUGUGUCACCUGUGCGUCCACGUCAUGGCCGUGUCCAUCGACCCCGCUGACUACAACGUAAGGACGAAGAGUGACAGAGGACCGGUCCCCGUGUUCGACCGCUCCAAACACGCUCACGUCAUCGAGAACUGCCACUGUUACCUGUGCCAGGUGGAUGUGGGACCUAAGUCGAAGCACUGCAGCGCCUGUAACAAGUGUGUGGCCAACUUCGAUCACCACUGCCGCUGGCUCAACAACUGUGUGGGCAGCAGAAACUACAAAUUGUUCCUCCACAGUGUGGUAUCAGCUCUGUUGGGGGUUUGUCUGGUUCUGGUUGUCGCCUCAUAUGUGUUCAUCGAGUUCUUUCUGAACCCAUCCAAACUGCGCACUGAUAAACACUUUCUGGUGCAGAAUGAGACAGGUGUGUGGUUCGUCUUCCUCCCUGUGGCUCCUCUCAGGUCAGCAGCAGCAGUAAUUCCUGUUCUGGCUGCCAUCACCAUCGCUCUGGGCUUGCUGUCAUCUGUGCUGCUCUGCCACCUGCUCUGCUUCCACAUCUACCUGAUGUGGAACAGACUCAGCACCUAUGAGUACAUUGUGCGACAGCGCCAUCGUCUGGAGAGCAGAGAUACGAGGAAAGCAGCUGCAGUGAAGGAGACCAGACCUCCAUCAGUCAUCCAGGACGUGAACUACUCAGGGACUCUGGGUUACACCAACCCUCAGCUGGACGUGCAGGAGCCCACUGCACAGGGCAACACAGACUUCCUGGCCAAUGGUGGAGUGAGGAGUGUGUCCAACCUUGUCCAUGAGGAGGAGGCUCCGCCCACUGUCUCUACAGAGCUGACAGCACACACACACCGACACACACAGAAGAAGAAAAAGAAAGCACGCAGAGUCCCAGCUGAGGUGACCAGAGAGCACUGCCCGCUUGUAGCUCCGCCCCCAGAGCCCACCACCACUUCUGCCUUGUCCCUGGGUCAGAGGCUUCCUUUCCCAGCAUUCCCACUGAGGGCCUCCCUGCCCCCCCCGGCCCCUGCGUUGGGCCCCGUCCAGGCUGCCGCCCCUCCGGCAGAGUACCAUUCGGACUCUGCAGAGUCUCUGGAGGAGAUCCCGGUGGCGCUGGCCAAGCUGGGCUCCUCCUCUUCCGCUGCAGCCGGAGACUCCACCAAGUUGUCCCACAUGAGGGUCCGGGGCAUUCAGCAGUCGUCCCCACUUCCCAGGACAAGGAAAAAGACCCCUUCCUCUCGAACAAAUAAAAAUGUGGCUGAGCUGAGGUUUGAAAUGGCGUCUACACAUCCACCGUCUGUGUUCGUCAGUCGAGCAAGCGGAGAGACUGCUGAGGACCUAGGUCUGAGCUGGAAGCAGACCAGGCACAGAACUGGUCUUGAGUCCAGACCUGCAUCAAGGACAUCCCUUGGCUCCAGUGCAGCCUCUUGGACCGAGCGGUAACCUGAAACAUCUCUGAAGCAACCGCUGCUUCCGCCUUCUGUUGAAAACACUCGGAAGGAGCUUCUGUUAUUUUAUUAUAAAAGUGUCUGUCUCUAUUUAAUGUUUGACUUGAUUUUUCAUUUGAAAGCCAAAGUGACGUGUGUGUGUGUUUGUGUGUGUGUUUGUGUGUGUGUUUUUAAUCAUCGUUUACCCCCCCCCCCCCCCCCCCCCCAUCAUAAGCUCCAGAGGAUGCCACCAUGUGCUGUUGUUGUUGUUAGUCUAGGGAGACAAAUAAUCCAUUAAUACAUUUGGUAAAUUAAUCUAGUCAGUUAAACUUUUUGGUUUCCUAGAUUUUAUUUGAUGGUUAUGCGUUUCAGCCAAUCACAGAUGUCCUUGCUGUUGUUCGUUAUGUGGCGCCACCCAGCGGCUAAACUGUGUACUGCAGCGCUCAACACUGAAGUUUUUCUCCUGUGGGUUUUCCUCAGGUGGAAAGUCGUUUUUAGUCAUGUUGACCUGCAGCACUCAGCUGUAAACACUCCAGUGCCUCUUCUCUUCCUCCUCCUGCUGAUAUUUCUGACUUAAAGUCUUAAUCCUCAGUUUUUCUGCAGGACUGAAGGUGAAGGAUUUGUCUCAGAUCACACAACAGAUUUCUGUCAGUGUUGAACUGCUCCUUUAAAUCUAAGCAGCAGGGUGGGUUUGCCUGUUUGAUUUCCCUGUUUUACAAUAAAUUCUGGAAAACCGU